GUUUGGAGGAGAAGUUUGUGUUGCUUCGACAAACUUCAGACACCAUACUGUAGAUGCGCGGAACACAGCUGACCGUUAACUCUUUUUCUGCCCCCUAUUUUCCGCUGGUAUCAACUUUACAUUAUAUUACCUUUCGUACAAGUAAUUUUUUUUGGCUAGAAAUAAUAACGUAGGUUACAAAUCCCGACCAAAGCUCGCUCUUGGAGCUGAAUUUUAUGCUCCGUUCACGGAACUUCAAUUACAUCUUGGUUCCGCGGGCCAACCGUCGCUUCUAUGUUUUAUUUCAGUUUUGUUUCCGGUAGUUAAUACAUGGAGACCGUCUGUUCCGUCGAUUGCCUCGCAUGUUCGCAUCCUACGUCGGUCGGUUUCGUAUGAACCGUUGCGAGACAGCGACGUAGGGUCGGAGGCUCCGCGAGCGGAGCCAGACUUUAUGAUGGGGAUGCCCAAGGGAGGACGUCUGUUCCUGGCGACGUGCCUCUGCUCGUUCUUCGUUCUUGUUCUUUACUUCCAGAGCAUCACUAAACCAGAACCGGCUUUGAAGACUAGCAGCAGACCUGGGAAAAGUAGAAGAAGUCCUUUGCAGACCCUUUACAAAGGAGACCAGAAGCAGCUGAAGCUGUCGGCAGCUCAGAAGUCCCUCCAAGGCCGCAGGAAGGUGUUGGAGCAGGCAUGUCUGAGCCACACGAAGAAGCGCCGGGUGCUUUCGCCAGAGGAUCUCAAACACCUCAUUGUGGACGACAAACACGGCCUUAUUUACUGCUACGUACCCAAGGUAGCCUGCACCAACUGGAAGCGUGUGCUGAUGGUCCUCUCCAGCAACGGCCGUUACUCUGACCCCCUCGCCAUCCCUGCUAACGAGGCCCAUGUGGCAGGUAACCUCCGCACGCUCUCUGACUUCUCCGUGACAGAGAUAAACCAGCGCCUCCGCAGUUACCUCAAGUUCAUUUUUGUACGGGAGCCCUUCGAGCGCCUCGUAUCAGCCUACCGCAACAAGUUCACACGUAACUACAACACCGCCUUCCACAAGCGCUACGGAACCAAGAUCAUCCGCCGGCACCGGGCCAACCCUCAACCGGAAGCCCUGGAGAAAGGAAACGACGUCUCCUUCCGAGAGUUCAUCCAGUAUCUGGUGGACCCCCAGACACAGCGGGAGGAGCCUUUCAACGAGCACUGGGAGCGGGUGCACUCCCUCUGCCACCCAUGUCUGAUCCACUACGAUGUGGUGGGGAAGUACGAAACUCUGGAGCCUGAUGCUCACGCCGUGCUAAGGCUAGCGGGGGUGGAGGGUAAAGUUCAGUUCCCAACGUCUAGCAAGAGCACCAGGACCGAUGGCAACAUGGCAGCGCGCUUCUUUAAGCACAUCAACCCCUUUUAUCAGAAGAAACUGUUCAAUCUCUACCGCAUGGACUUCUUACUCUUUAACUACACCACACCGGAGUAUCUGAGGACUCGAUGACUAACAGAGACGAGAGGAUCCCACGUUCCAUCCACACUUUAGAGUGAUGAUUAGUUUGCACGUUCCGGUUCCUGUUGAAACGACUGAUUCCUAUCUACAGAGCCCCUAAAGGCACAUAGAAGAAAUAAAGAAACAUUCUCAUGUGUACAAGAUACUUUAUCUUUAUUUCUUCUAUGUCCCUUUAGGGGCUCUGUAGAUUCCUACCUGUUGGCGGAAACAAACUCGUCUCUCAGACAGACAGUUUCCAGACUGAUGUAGGUGAAUCACGAACUCUUACAAAGAGGUUGCUAUUUUUUUGUGACCGUUUGAUUUGACUCCAGUUGUCAUUGAGCCGGUGAAAAGCGCCUCACCAGUGUUCCUGCUGUGCCCACUACAGUGAUAAUCCUCUUGUAGUUUUCCUCUUCUAGGAGAAUCAAUGAGCCAUAAAUGAAAGCCAGUGUUUUCCAGAGGAGCCGGUUCUCCUCUUUAGCUGGCGAUUGUGCUGAGUGUGAAGUUUUCCUCGGAUUGUUUCCGAGCCGUUACGGAAAGCCUUAAUUUAUGUACGUAUGUCAGCACAGAGUAUUUAUUGUCGUGUGAAGCGAGGUGUGAAAAUAAUUUAAAUAAAAGAACAAGAGGUUGUUUUUUUUUUUUUUUACCGAAUGUUAGAGAUCAGAUUAAGAAAAUGUUUUGGGCAUCUGAUAAUCUUCAGUUCAGUGAAACUCUCUACCCAGCAUCUUUCCCUGCCCGUAUUUAGCUCUGGGACUCUGGAGCUGAACAAACAAGCGCAUAGCUGUGGUCACGGCGGGGUCCGGCCCAGCGCUCCCCCGGUCAGAGCCGCCCUUGUUAGAGGCAGCAUCGGCAGACGAAGGGUUAAAUCCACCUACAGCCCUCUGCACUGCAGCGCCUUGUUUCAGCAAAAACGCCUUGGAAUUUCUGGAGGAAUAAUUUGGAGCUUACUAUAGGAAAACAGCUUCUUAAUGGACUUUACUGUCUUCUGCACCCAAAAGAGGAAACUUUGACACAUUUUGUAGCUUUUUCAGGGUCUGUAGGUUGGAUUUUUUGCACAUUAAAAAAGAAAAGAGUCUAAGUGUUUAACAAGUACAGUCAUCUGUCAUUGAGUUGCAUUGUGGGUAGUGUAGGCCCAAAGAAUCUGGAGAUUUUUGUUCUUUCUUGCUUCAUCUGCUGGACCUCAACUUUACCUUUAAGAAAAGUGUUAUUGUUGUAUCAUUUGUUCUGAAAAACAAUUAAAGAACUGAAAGGUCUAGUGUGUAGGAUGAUGCCCUGUCUAUUCACAAGUGCAGGAAGUUAAAAAUGUUAAAGCAUAAAGCAUUUCAGUUUUUCUGUGCUAUUACAGCAACACAUACAAUAGAUGUUGCCAUAAGAGGAAGUGAGAGAUCAGCGUUGCUAUCAGUGUUGUUCUGUUGCUGCUUUUAGAACCAGCUCCUGACAGAGAAUCUCCUUGAUGCAACUCCCCUUAAAACUGUUGGUAACUUUCUGUAGUGUAGACAGUCCCUCCAGGAUUUUGCUUUUUUUUUUUUUUUUGCAGUCACUGAUUUUGUAGUUCUUCUUAAGAAAUAUUUGCAAAUUUCUUCCAAAAUCUAAAUAUAGAAGAAAAAAAAUGUUUUUUUCUUUGAAUAACAUAAAUAGCUUGAUUUUUGUUAUUCGCCACAUCGAUCACGGUCAGAAACCGACUUCAGUAAGGCUGUGGCAGCAGUGUAGUAGAAGUAAGAAAUACUGCCACCUGCAGGUGGGAGUUAGCAUCACUUAACCCAAUGUUUUUGACCAUUUUUACAAAAAAAAAAAAUGCAACAAAUUCACAGUUACGCAUUGGUGACAUUAACAGCCAAUUUCAGUGCAGCAGGUUUGCUUUUGAGUAAAAUUGACAGGAUAGAGGUGAAAAAAUCAAAACACCUGGUUAUUUAAAGACAAAAAUUUCUGUUGCUGCCAACAUUUUAAAUUGUAAGAAGAUUUUAUGAUGCCUGUCAUAAUUUUGCCCAAAUUAAAAAUAGAAAGUAUCCGUCUUGUUUGUGAAAGUCAGCUGACAGUGUCUGUUCUCAUCAUUUCCCCACAUUAAUAUUAAAACAAGUAGCAAAUAAUUAAGUUUAUAAAUGUCAGUGUUUUUGUUGUCGGGUCUUAAAUUAGGCAGAAUAAAAGUAAAUUUUACUCUGCAGUAUGAGGAGCUGUUUCAUUCAAAAUGAAAUACUAUUAAUUAAUAGCAGUAUUAAUUAACAAUUAAUAAAUACUCCACCAAAGAAAUAAAUGUUCCCACUGAACAAAAACAUAAUAGAUAUUUUAAAGAAUAUGUAUUUUUAAUGGGGAGCGCUUUUGUCAAUCAAUUUUUAUUUAUUUCAUAAUUGUGUUUUAUUCUGUGAUACUUUAUGUGAAGUCACUGUGAACAGAGAAAACUCCGCCUCCUAAUUUGAAAAUAUGAGCAUUAGAUAAAAAGAGCCUGAAAUAUAAGUCCAUGAAAUACAUAAAGUAGCUUUAUAAAAUAAAACCAUCAGAGAAAAGCACUAUGAUUAAUAAGUAAAUCCCAAAGUUCAUAAAUCUUGAAAUAAAUACACACAUAAUAAAAUAAAAUAAGCUACCUAUUUUUUAAAAAAUUAAUCACGAUAUUUAGCUGAUGGAAUAUUUAUUAAUUAUUUAAUAACAGUAUUUAUUUAUUUCAUUUUGAAUGAAACAGCUCUCCAUAAACUUAACAAAUUACAAUCAUUUUUAUUAAAAACGUCAGUGGCAUGGUAACGGUCCAAUCAACACUCAGCAUCCCAUAAUGUCAACACUGUAAACACUGACAGCAAAUAAAAAGUCUCACUCAGAUUCAAACAGACUCAUCUUGGCGUUUUAAUGUCUUCUGGUGUGUUUGUGUUCUUUUUAUAUUCAAAUGUUCUGUGAUGCACAUCAUGAGGUUUGGUUAUCAUUAGACUUGAAAAGUCUGAAAUUUACACAACUUGGAGGAAGCAGACCUGAAUGUGUUAGAGGAACUGUGUGUGGGUGUGUGUGUGUUUUAACUUGGGAACACUGAGGAAUUCCCCAGAGGGAGUAAAUGGAGAGAAGAAUGUUCGGGUUUCCCUCCUGAACCGUUUCAGUGUUACAUGGUGGUGCUCAGUUAAUGUAACUGAGUGAAAAUAAUGAACGGAAAUCCAGGAGGAUAACACAUUUUAACACAAGAAAAGAUGCUUUUCACACAGUUUUUCACAUUUGUCACCUUCAGGUUGGUUUCCAUCACAUUUAACUUGGUUAAAAAAAAACAACAACAAAACAUAGAUAUUUAUUUGGCCCAGAAAAAUCCCCUGCUAGUCAUUUUACUGUUACUGGGACUUUGUGGAGGGAGAGUGCCAAGCAUUUGAAUAUGACUGAAAUAAUCUGUUCACGGUGGAUAUUUUUUGUUAACUUUGACUGUAAUUGAUUUUGAACCUAUUUCAUUUGCAAAGAAGGAGUAAAUCAUCCAGUUAAAGUAAA